AUGAAAUCGUUUGUUCAAAUUGUUCAGAUUCCUAGCGCUGAUACUAAUUUUCAACCAUCUAUUCUUAUGCAUUGUGAUAAAAAAAGAUAUUUAUUUGGUGCAGGAGAAGCAAUUCAAAGAACAUGUAUAGGCAGGAAAAUUAAAACUAGGAAAAUUCAUGAUGUAUUUUUGACAUUUGGUUCGAGAGGAGUAUGGGAAGGUUUCGGUGGAUUUCCAGGGCUCUUUUUGACAAUGGCUGAUCAGAAUCGUUUUAUAAGUGAUAUUACUGUUCAUGGACCUAGAAAUACUAUGUAUUUGAUGCUAACUUUAAGGCAUUUUAUUUAUAGGCCUAAUAUUAAGAUUAAAAUAAAUGAAUUCAAGUCAGAAAAGGAUAUAUUUGUUGAUGAGAAUGUUACUAUUAGUCCUGUUAUUUGUGCGCCAUGUAAUUAUGAAUUAGUUAAUAAAUCACAGGAAAUUGAAUUUUGUGAUAAAAAGAGAUCUUUUGAAGAGUAUGUGAAAGAUAUUCAUGAUAAUUUUGAGUCUAUACAAGAAAUGGUGUUUUAUUCUAAUGAUGGUAAAGUAAAAAUUUCAUGUUUUGAAGAUAUUCAGAAGAUUUUAUCUAAUUUUGAUAAUACCAAGUCCAAGACUUCUCAAAAAGAUCAUUUUAAGAUGAUAAAUAUUGAAAGAAAUGUUAAGAAUAUGCUUCAAACUGUUCCUUUUCCUAUCUCAGUAACUUAUAUAUGUGAGGGACAUACACAGCCUGGUAAAUUUAAUCCUAUUGCUGCCAAAACUUUGGGUGUUACACCUGGACCUCAAUUUGGAAGACUUUCUAGAGGAGAAAGUAUCAUUCUUGAUAAUGGAAAUGUUGUUCAUCCAUAUCAAGUUCUGGGGGAAUCUCGUCCUGGUUUUAUAUUUAUUAUAGUAGAUUGUCCAGAUAAAAAUUAUGUUGAUUCAUUAGUUAGAAAAGAUAUAUGGAAUGAUUACUAUAAAUCAGGUACGAAGAGGGUUCAGUUGAUGAUUCAUAUGGUUAAUGAAGAUGUUUUAAAUGAUCCUGGAUACAUUAAUUGGAUGCAUCAGUUUAGUGAAAAUGUUCAGCAUAUUAUUUCGUGUCCAUCUUUGUGUUCUGAUUUUAUAACUCAUCAAAAAGUGGCUUUGCAACAAUUGAAAUUAAAUAAAUUAUCUGAUAAUCAUUUUCCUUUGCCACAAUGUAUGACUUUUCAAUCAAAAAAAAAAGGAAUAAAUAUAAAGAAUUUACAUAUAACUGACAUAAAACCCCUUCAGAAAUUUAUUUUGGAACCUAAUCCUUUAUUUAUAGAGGACGAAGUGCUUUUGCCUAUUGAUUUAAAAUCUCCUGAAAAUUUCAGAGGAUUAGAUGUUUUUUUAUCUCUUGCAAAAGAAGCAAAUGAAAAUAUUCUUCGUGAUCAAGAAAAGUUUUAUACUAAAUCGAAUAUUCCUGGGUCAAAUGUUAAAGUUAUUACUCUUGGAACGGGUUCUGCUCUUCCAUCACAUUAUCGAAAUGUUUCUUCAACUGUUCUUAGGAUUCCGGGUCAUGGUUCAGUGAUUUUGGAUGCUGGUGAGGGCACUUUAGGACAGCUAUCAAGACAAUUUGGACCAGACUUGGAUUCUUUUUUGAAGGAUUUAAAAUGGAUAUAUAUAAGUCAUCUUCAUGCAGAUCAUCAUUUAGGUACUAUUCGUAUAUUGAAGCAAUGGAAUAAGGUGAAUUAUGAAAAUGAUAAAGUAAUUUAUAUAUCUGCACCUUGGAAAUAUUUUUGCUUUCUUCAAGAAUAUUCUAAUAUAGAGGAUUUUGGAUGGGGACGUGUAAGAACAAUAUCAAAUGGAGAUGUAUGUGAAGAUUUUACACUAAAAAAAGGUCCUUCAAACUUACAUAUGAAUUCUGUAAACUUAAAUAAUUUAUUAAAAGAUUUAUCUCUUUCUUCAUUUUCUACUGUUAAUGCAAUACAUUGUCCAUGGUCUUUUUGUAUGCAAUUUACACAUCUAGAUGGUUGGAAAGUUGCUUAUUCUGGCGAUACUCGACCUAAUGAAAAUUUCGUCAAACUUGGAAUGAAUUCAACUCUUUUGAUUCAUGAAGCAACUCUUGAUGAUGAUAAACUUGAGGAGGCAAUUAAAAAAAAACAUAGUACUACCAGCGAAGCAAUUGAUAUAGGAAAAAGGAUGAAUGCUAACUUUACACUUUUAACUCAUUUUAGUCAAAGAUAUCCAAAAAUUCCAAAUUUUAUAAUGAAUGAUAACAAUAAUCAAAAUAGGCUAGGAAUUGCAUUUGAUGGUAUGGAAAUAGAAUUUUCUGAUCUUUGGAAAUUACCUUAUUACUCAAAUGCUCUUAAGGUUUUAUAUUCUGAUGAGUUUAAUGAAAAGGAUCUUAUUUCUUCAUAA